AACACCACUUGUGUCGCUCUUUCAAUUCAAUCAUUCAUUCUGUUUUGUUGCGUGUGUCAAGCGAGUUUAGCGAUACUUUUUUUAUUUUCAGUAAUAUAUUUAUUACAUUACGAAUAUCAAUAUCGUAUCCAAACGAAUAAUUUAACUUAACAAAAAGCAAAGAUGAUCAUUCCAGUACGUUGCUUCACCUGUGGCAAGGUCAUCGGCAACAAAUGGGAGGCGUACCUAGGACUCUUGCAGGCUGAGUAUACUGAAGGUGACGCGCUAGACGCCCUGGGCCUGAAGAGGUACUGCUGCAGAAGAAUGCUCCUCGGCCAUGUCGACCUCAUCGAGAAACUUCUCAACUACGCCCCGCUCGAAAAAUAGACCUUAUUCUAAUGCAGACUUUAAGCAGUAAUUACACUACCCAAUCCACCCGAUGCGUCAAGGUCACAUCUAAAUCGGGAAAAUCGACGCUAUUAGAGUAGCGAUCGUGGUUACCAUGGUUACGCCCCACCAAUUUGCUAUUAGACUACACGAUUCUAAUGGCCGCGUUCGUGACCUUGGCGCAUCGGGCAGGAUGGAUUGGCAAAUGUAAUAAGCGCUUUAGAGGAGAUGUAUAAAAAUGUGUUAUGAUAUGCAGGACAGAAAGAUACGGCCUAGUGCGAAAGGGACAGAAGACAAUGUAAUGUAUGUAUGUAAUGUAAUGUAUGCAUUAUUCUGAUAGCAGUUCUACUCACGCUAACGAAAACAGAGAUGCCUGGGUCGAAGGUAAUUUUUUAUUGCGAAUCUUCAGAUAUAGAAAAAAAAAUGAUAAAAAAAUCUUUAUAAUUUUUAUUUUUCUUAAAUACUAAAAUAGUCGAAUGACAAAUAUCAAACACAUUUUUAUACAAAAUCCAUUUCAAAUUGAAUAAUAAAUUAAGACAUUUUGUAAAUAAGAGUAAGUUUAAGAAUAAAAUUAUGAAAAAAACCUAAAA